AUGGCUGACUACUCCGUGCUUUCUCGGCGAAGGGAGCUGACUCGCAAGCCAAUUAUUCGACGCACCCGCAGCUGGCGUGGCAUUAUGCAGGUUCGCUUCAACGACAGCCGCGCAGACCGCAACAAGAUCGGCCUACAAGCCUUUUUUUGGGCCCCGGUGCGCAUCUUUGGCUUGGGCCUUCUUGCCACCUGUAGCCUCUACUACCUGAUGGGGCACGACAGCUUUGUGCACACGUUACUAGGCUACGAGUCGGAGAUGCAGUACGAGGCACGUGUCAACCCCAUCGCAGAGGGACAUUCGCAGAAUUUUAUGAUUUUGGAUAAGGACCGCGCCUGGAAGUCGCCGGUGCGGAACUUGGAAAAGCCGCUGCAUCCGGCGCGCACGUUUGAUGUGCUGCGCGAUCCCAAAUCAACUUGA